GGAGGAGGAGGGGAGGGCGAGGCCGGGCACCUCCCCCUUUAUAACGCGCCCCCUCCCGGGCUCUCGGGCCGUCUCCUAGUCGGCUCUUCCCGUCUCGCCCCCUCGCCCGGCCGCCCCGGGCCCGGGUCCGGCCAGGGAGCCCCCAGGCCGCGGCUCGGGGACUGCCCCCCCGCCCGCCGCCCCGCGCAGCCCGGCGGAGGCGGCGCCGUCGGAGGAGGAGGAGCAGGGCACUGCGGCUGGCCCCGGAUCGGGCGCCAGAGCGGCAGCAGCUUCGGCAGCAGCGGCGGCCCGGGCCCAUGCAGCGGGACGCGCCACCCCGAGCCCCAGCUCCGGCGCCCCGGCUCCCCGCGCCCCCGAUCGGGGCCGCCGCCAGUAGUGGCGGCGGCGGAGGCGGGGGCAGCGGCGGCGGCGGCGGCGGAGGCGCCUCUGCAGCUCCGGCUCCCCCUGGCCUCUCGGGAACUACAAGUCCCAGGGGGCCUGGCGGCGGGCGGCGGGCGGAAGAGGCGGGGUCGGCGCCGCGAGGCCGGAAGUGGCCGUGGAGGCGGAAGUGGCGCGGCCGCGGAGGGGCCUGGAGUGCGGCGGCGGCGGGACCCGGAGCAGGAGUGGCAGCAGCAGCUACUGGGGGCGGCGGCGGCGCGUUGGAGGCGGCCAUGGCAAAGCAGUACGACUCGGUGGAGUGCCCUUUUUGCGAUGAAGUUUCCAAAUACGAGAAGCUCGCCAAGAUCGGCCAAGGCACCUUCGGGGAGGUGUUUAAGGCCAGGCACCGCAAGACCGGCCAGAAGGUGGCUCUGAAGAAGGUGCUGAUGGAAAACGAGAAGGAGGGGUUCCCCAUUACAGCCUUGCGGGAGAUCAAGAUCCUUCAGCUUCUAAAACACGAGAAUGUGGUCAACUUGAUUGAGAUUUGUCGAACCAAAGCUUCCCCCUAUAACCGCUGCAAGGGUAGUAUAUACCUGGUGUUUGACUUCUGCGAGCAUGACCUUGCUGGGCUGUUGAGCAAUGUUUUGGUCAAGUUCACGCUGUCUGAGAUCAAGAGGGUGAUGCAGAUGCUGCUUAACGGCCUCUACUACAUCCACAGGAACAAGAUCCUGCAUAGGGACAUGAAGGCUGCUAAUGUGCUUAUCACUCGUGAUGGGGUCCUGAAGCUGGCAGACUUUGGGCUGGCCCGGGCCUUCAGCCUGGCCAAGAACAGCCAGCCCAACCGCUACACCAACCGUGUGGUGACACUCUGGUACCGGCCCCCGGAGCUGUUGCUCGGGGAGCGGGACUACGGCCCCCCCAUUGACCUGUGGGGUGCUGGGUGCAUCAUGGCAGAGAUGUGGACCCGCAGCCCCAUCAUGCAGGGCAACACGGAGCAGCACCAACUCGCCCUCAUCAGUCAGCUCUGCGGCUCCAUCACUCCUGAGGUGUGGCCAAACGUGGACAACUAUGAGCUGUAUGAAAAGCUGGAGCUGGUCAAGGGCCAGAAGCGGAAGGUGAAGGACAGGCUGAAGGCCUAUGUGCGUGACCCAUACGCACUGGACCUCAUCGACAAGCUGCUGGUGCUGGACCCUGCCCAGCGCAUCGACAGCGAUGACGCCCUCAACCACGACUUCUUCUGGUCCGACCCCAUGCCCUCUGACCUCAAGGGCAUGCUCUCCACCCACCUGACGUCCAUGUUCGAGUACCUGGCACCACCGCGCCGGAAGGGCAGUCAGAUCGCCCAGCAGUCCACCAACCAGAGUCGCAAUCCCGCCACCACCAACCAGACGGAGUUUGAGCGUGUCUUCUGAGGGCCAGCGUUUGCCACUAGGGCUCUUGUGGUUUUUUUCUUCUGCUAUGUGACUUGCAUCGUGGAGACGGGGCAUUUGAGUUUAUAUCUCUCAUGCAUAUUUUAUUUAAUCCCCACCCUGGGCUCUGGGAGCAGCCCGCUGAGCGGACUGGAGUGGAGCGUUGGCUGAGAGGCCAGGAGGGCACUGGAGCUGUCCUGUCCUCGCUGGCUUUCUGGAUGGUUCCCAGAGGGUUUCCAUGGGGUAGGAGGACGGGCUCGCCCACCAGUGACUUUUUCUAAGAGCUCCCAGCAUGGUGGAAGAGGGGACAGGUCCCUCACCCACCCGCAAUCCUAUUCUCGGGCUGAGAACCCUGCGUGGGGACAGGGCUGGCCUCAGGAAUGGGCUGUUUUUGGCCUAACCCUCAGAAGCACUGGGGCUGGCACAAACUCUUGGUUUCUUCAACAGGAGAAUUUUAUCGUGUUUCUUUUGGUUCCGUUGUUUGGAGACAUUCCUGGGCAUAGUUUGGUCCGUUAGAAUUAAAAGUUGAGUUUUUUUUUUUUUUUUUUUUUUUUUUCCUCCCCCUCCAGGACUUGAUGUGUGUUUUGUUCUGCGCACACACCGCCAGCUCUUCCCCCACAGUCAGCAGCAGGUUGGGCCUGACCAUUGGGACUUGAUUGUCAAGUCACUGGAGGUCUUGACUCUUUUAUCUCAGUUCAUGUUCUCUUACAUAAUUGGAAAGGACCUUUUUCUGUUUUUCCUCUUGGGUGCCUUCCAGAACGCAUCUCAUGUCCCUGGUGAGGGAAUUGGUGAGGGCCUGCUGCGAGCUGCUGCGGCUGCGGUGGUCACCCAGCUGGGCAGAUAACUGGCGUGACAAUUUGACCUGUCACCUGAGAAGGAUGGUCCCUCAGACUGCUGGGUAGAGGGCCUGGGGCAGGCUGGAGAGAGAAAGUGGGCAGAGGGUGAAGGCAUCACAGGGGUCUUGGAAGGUGGCAGUAGUUUGGAUGGGGGUGGGGAGUAUGUGGGAGAAAAACAGACUGAAGGUGGAAUCCCUGGGAACCUUUGAGGAGCGGCACGUUCUGGCAGGCACGUUUUCUGUGAGCCUGAAGUUAGGAAGAGACAUUCUGGAGGUCAAUUUCCUACAUCCUCUUACAGGCAGAGACCUUGAAGUGGGGCCAGGAAGGAAGGUUGGCAAAACCUUUGACCAGAACUGUCCUUCAUUUACGGAAACUGACCCAAACCACAACACAAAAGGCCAGUGAAAGUAAGAAAAAAAAAAUUUUUUUUUUUUUUUUUUGAGACAGUCUCACUCUGUUGCCCAAGCUGAAGUGCAGUGGUGAGAUCUCGGCUCACUGCGACUUCUGCCUCCCGGGUUCAAGCGAUUCUCCUGUCUCAGCCUCCUGAGUAGCUGGGAUUACUGCCCACCACCACACCCAGCUGAUUGUAUGUUUAAUAGAGAUGGGGUUUCGCCAUCUUGGCCAGGCUGGUCUCGAGCUCCUAACCUUGGGUGAUUGCCCACCUCGGCCUCCCAAAGUGCUGGGAUUACAGGUGUGAGCCACUGCGUCCAGCCAAGGAAAAAAUUCUUGAUUGGUGUAUUUGUUUUCCUGAGACUUCUAUAACUAAUUGCUACAGGCAUGCUAGCUUAAAGUAACAAAUUUAUUCUGUUGGUUCCCAAAGUCAUUGGUGGCAGGAUUGGUUCCUUCUGGAGGAUCUGAGGGAGAGAGAAUCCUCCCUGUGACUCCUGGUGGCUGCUGGCAGUCCUUGCAUCCCUUAGGCUUGUAGAGGCGUCACUCCGGUCUCUGCCUGUGUUCACAUGGCAUUUUCCCCUCUGUGUGUGUCUUUUUUUUUUUGAGAUGGAGUUUAGCUUUAUGUUGCCCAAGUUGGAGUGCAAUGGCAUGAUCUUGGCUCACUGCAAUCUCCGCCUCCUGGGUUCAAGCAAUUCACCUGCCUCAGCCUCCCUAGUAGGUGAGAUUACAGGCGCCUGCCACCAUACCUGGCUAAUUUUUGUAUUUUUAGUAGAGACGGGGUUUUACCAUGUUGGCUAGGCUGGUCUCGAACUCCUGACCUCAGGUGAUCCACCUGCCUUGGCCUCCCAAAGUGCUGGGAUUACAGGCAUGAGCCACGACGCCCGGCCUAUGUGUCUGUCUUGUAUGGACACCAGUCUGGAUUUAGGGGCCACCCUGACCCAGUUUGACCUCAUCUUAACCGAUUACAUCUGCAAAGACCCUCUUUCCAAAUAAGGUCACAUUCUGAGGUUUGGAGAGGACGUGAAUUCGGGGGGCACACUUCAACCCAGUGUAACUAGUCAAAUAAAUGCAAAUUGGCCAGGCGCAGCAGCUCACGCCUAUAAUCCCAGCACUUUGGGAGGCCAACGCAGGCGGAUCAUGAGGUCAGGAGGCGGAGGUUGCAGUGAGCCAAGAUUGAGCCACUGUACUCCAGCCUGGGUGACACAGUGAGACUCUGUCUCAAAAAAAAAAUAAAAAAAUUAGCUGGGCAUGGUGGUGCAUGCCUGUAGUCCCAGCUGCUUGGGAGGCUGAGGCAGGAGAAUCACUUGAACUAGGGAGGCGGAGGUUGCAGUGAGCUGAGAUUGUGCCACUGCACUCCAGCCUGGUGACAGAGCGAGACUCCCGUCUCAAAAAAAAAAAAAAAAAAAAAUCCAAAUCAGGGCUGGGCGUGGUGGCUCAGGCUUGUAAUCCCAACACUGGGAGGCCAAGGUGCGUGGAUCACCUGAGGACAGGAGUUCGAGACCAGCCUGGCCAACAUGAUGAAACUCCAUCUCUACUAAAAAAAAUUAGCCGGGUGUGGUGGCGCAUGCCUGUAAUCCCAGCUACUUGAGAGCAGAGGUGGGAGAAUCACUUGAACCCAGGAGGCAAGAGAUUGCAGUUAGCUGAGAUGACACCACUGCAUGCCAGCCUGGGCGACAGAGCGCGACUUAUCAAAAAAAAAAUUGAAAUUAAAGCUAUUUGCUGUCCUGACAGCAGUCACUAGGAAUUGAGUGUGGAUAAACUCACAGGGCUGGCCUAAUUGUAUUUCCUUUGAAGGAUAAAAAGCUUCUCUAAAAGGUUCAUAUUCUUUGACUUAGCAUGUCCACUUACAGGAAUUUUUUAAGAGCAAUUACACAAUGAUAGUUUUUAUCUCAUUGAACCCUCACUGCAAUUUCGAUGGUCUCAUUCAUUGAUUGAGCAUGUUUAUUAGAUGCGUCUUCCAAGGGUCAUCCUGUUCGGGACUUAAUACAGCUGGAAACAGUGGUGGCCCACCCCCACCCCAGUGGAGCUCACCUUCCAGUAGGUCCAAACUGGUUUGAUUGAGUUCCAUGGAAAACAAUGAAGUGGGGUGAGGGGAAAAGCAGGGGGGAGUUGAGGGGGUCAGCAUGACAUGGAAGCAGAAAUCAAGAGACAAGGCUUUGUGGGGCAUGGGUGUGGGUACAAGUGCCAAGGGCUGAGGAGCCUUUGGGGAGCUUUGUAGAGUGUGUGGUUCUUCUGUUUCUUGGUGUUUCCUCAUAGUUGGUUAACUAAUACAUUUGUUCAUGCAA